ACAGCCACUGGAAAAGAAUUGAGUGCAGGGAAGAAUACGUUUACCAACCAACAAGUCAAUAUAGUAGACAAAUGUUGUCUUCAAAUCACAGCCAUGUUCCAUUUCUCAUCUCAUCCUGUUUAGUCAAGGAUCUUAGCAGAAGAAAAGCCCAUCACCAAACACUUCCACCUUUUCCAUUUCUCAUCUCAUCCUGUUUUAUCUUCUCCGUAUUUGCUUACCAUUAAUUUGCUCACCUCCUCUGCUUUUCGUUUUCCUUGCACCUUUUCUACUUCUUCUCUACAUCCAUUUCUUUCCCAUUCCAAAACAAGCUAUGGCUGAUGCAGUUCUUUCUGCUCUCGCGUGUACAAUCAUGGGGAACUUGGAUUCCUCAUUUCUUCAAGAGCUUGGACUUGCUGGGAGCCUAGAGACUGAGCGUGAAAAUCUCAACCGCACGAUCAGAACUAUUCGAGCUGUGCUUCAAGAUGCUGAGGAGAAGCAGUGGACGAGUGAGGCUAUAAAGGCGUGGCUCAGAGACCUCAAGGAUGCAGCUUAUGAUGCUGAUGAUUUGCUAAGUGACUUUGCAAAUGAAGCUCAGCAGCAUCAGCAGCGAAGAGAUCUCAAAAAUCGAGUACGACCCUUCUUUUCUAUCAAUUAUAAUCCACUUGUUUUUCGACGAAGAAUGGUGCAUAAAUUGAAGAGUGUUAGAGAAAAAUUAGAUUCCAUUGCCAUGGAGAGACAAAAGUUCCACCUAAGAGAGGGGGCCGUGGAGAUAGAAGCAAGUAGUUUUGCUUGGCGUCAGACUGGGUCACUUGUGAAUGAAUCAGGAAUUUAUGGAAGGAGAAAGGAGAAAGAAGAUCUGAUCAACAUGCUGCUCACCAGUUCAGAUGAUUUCUCUGUUUAUGCUAUAUGUGGAAUGGGGGGGCUGGGUAAAACAACACUUGCUCAAUCAGUCUACAACGACGGAAGAAUAGAAGAGCAUUUUGAUUUGCGGGUUUGGGUGUGUGUAUCUGUUGAUUUCAGCAUUCAAAAAUUGACUAGUGCCAUCAUUGAGUCCAUUGAACGCGCUAGUCCAAAUAUUCAACAGUUGGAUACUCUUCUACGACGCCUCCAAGAAAAGUUAGGUGGUAAGAAGUUUUUGCUCAUGUUGGAUGAUGUGUGGGAAGAUGACCAUGGUAACUGGAGCAAAUUGAAAGACGCAUUGAGUUGUGGAGCUAAAGGAAGUACAGUUAUUGUGACUACUCGUUUGGGAACUGCUGCUGAUAAAAUGGCCACAACUCCUGUUCAACAUCUGGCGACAUUGUCAGCAGAGGAUUCCUUGCUUUUAUUUGAGCAGCUUGCAUUUGGGAUGAGAAGUGCAGAAGAGCGUGGUCGCUUGAAAGAGAUUGGAGUAGCGAUAGUUAACAAGUGUGGCGGGGUUCCCUUGGCGAUAAGAGCUCUUGGAAGCCUGAUGCGCUCGAAGAAAACUGUACGUGAGUGGUUGAAUGUCAAAGAGAGUGAGAUUUGGGAUCUGCCGAAUGAAGGAAGCUGGAUUUUACCUGCCUUGAGUUUGAGUUACAUGAAUCUAAAGCAAUCUGUGAAGCAGUGCUUUGCAUUUUGCUCUAUAUUCCCUAAAGAUUAUGUCAUGCUGAAGGAGCGGGUGGUAGCUCUAUGGAUGGCAAAUGGCUUCAUUUCUUGCAAUGGGAAAAUAGAUUUGCAUGACAGGGGUGAAGAGAUUUUCCACGAAUUAGUUGGGACGUCUUUUUUUCAAGAAGUCAAGGAUGAUGGGCUGGGCAACAUAACAUGUAAAAUGCACGAUCUUCUCCAUGAUCUUGCACAGUACAUUAUGAAUGGAGAAUGUUAUUUGAUCGAGAACGAUACAAAGUUGCCAAUUCCUAAAACAGUUCGUCAUGUGAUGAGUGCUUCCGAGAGAUCACUACUGUUUGCUUCAGAAUACAAGGAUUUCAAACAUACAUCUCUGCGCUCAAUUAUUCUUCCUAAAACAGGAGAUUAUGAGAGUGAUAAUUUAGAUCUUUUUCUCACUCAACAGAAGCAUCUAAGAGCCUUGGUUAUAAAUAUUUACCAUCAAAAUACAUUACCAGAGUCAAUUUGUAAUUUGAAACAUCUAAGGUUUCUAGAUGUCUCCUAUACCUCCAUCCAAAAAUUGCCUGAAUCAAUCACCUCCCUCCAAAACCUUCAGACACUAAAUCUGAGAUGUUGCGCUAAACUCAUCCAAUUACCAAAAGGUAUGAAGCACAUGAAAAGUCUCGUCUAUAUUGACAUCAGAGAUUGUUAUUCACUUCGAUUUAUGCCUUGUGGAAUGGGAGAGUUGACUUGCCUGCGAAAACUUUGCAUUUUCAUUGUGGGUAAGGAGGAUGGUCGUGGCAUAGGGGAGCUGGGAAGGCUGAAUAAUCUUGCUGGUGAAUUUAGAAUCACAUAUCUUGAUAAUGUUAAGAAUUCAACAGAUGCCAGAAGUGCGAAUUUGAAUUUGAAAACAGCUCUUCUAUCACUGACUCUAUCCUGGAAUUUGAAAGGAGAUUACAAUUCAUCUUCGGGGCAAUCAAUACCAAAUAAUGUGCAUUUGGAGGUUCUUGAUAGGCUUCAACCUCAUUCAAGUCUGAAGAAGUUGAGAAUAGAUGAAUAUGGAGGUUCAAGAUUUCCAAAUUGGAUGAUGAACUUGAUGCUACCAAAUCUAGUGGAGAUAGAGCUAAGAGACUGUUACAACUGUGAACAACUUCCACCAUUUGGGAAACUACAGUUCCUCAAGGAUCUUCAAUUAUAUAGAAUGGACGGUGUGAAGUGUAUUGACAGCCAUGUGAAUGGAGAAGCGCAAAAUCCAUUCCCAUCUUUGGAGACGCUGACUAUUUAUUCAAUGAAGAGAUUAGGGCAAUGGGAUGCGUGUAGUUUCCCUCGCCUUCGCGAAUUGGAGAUCUCUUCCUGCCCUCUGUUGGACGAAAUACCAAUUAUACCCUCCAUCAAAACAUUAACCAUCCUGGGAGGCAACGCUUCAUUGACGUCGUUUAGGAAUUUCACUUCUAUCACCUGCCUUUCUGCUCUUAAAAGCUUGAGAAUUGAGAGUUGUUAUGAACUUGAAAGCUUACCAGAGGAAGGUCUUCGGCACCUCACUUCUUUGGAGGUUUUAGAGAUAUGGAGUUGUAGAAGAUUAAAUUCUCUGCCAAUGAAUGGGUUGUGUGGCUUAUCUUCUCUUCGUCACUUAUCGAUUCAUUAUUGUAAUCAAUUUGCUUCUCUAUCUGAGGGAGUGCAACAUCUGACGGCACUUGUGGAUUUGAAUCUUAGUCACUGUCCAAAGCUGAAUUCACUGCCUGAGAGUAUCCAACAUCUCAGUUCUCUCCGAUCUCUAAGCAUACAGUAUUGCACGGGAUUAACUUCUUUACCAGAUCAGAUUGGAUAUCUCACGUCCCUUUCAAGCUUGAAUAUUCGGGGUUGCUCUAAUUUGGUGUCUUUUCCAGAUGGGGUGCAGACUCUCAACAACCUCAGCAAGUUGAUAAUUAAUAACUGUCCAAAUUUGGAGAAGAGAUGUGAGAAAGGGAGAGGAGAAGACUGGCCUAAGAUAGCUCACAUCCAUAACAUUAUAAUCAACCAUGAAGAAAUCCAAUGAUACUUGGAUUGUUCAAAGGAUGACUACUUCAUAUGGUACUUUGAAUUUGAAAUGAAUUUGUCGUUUCAGGGAUCUUCUUGUGUGUUCUUGACAGUAAGUCAUCUUCUCCAUCAGCUGCGUCAGUGCUCCUGUCAGGAUUGGUAGAUCUGGAAUGGAUGUGAGGGGCUAAGUAAGGGUAUAUCAUUUUGUGCUCUGAAGACACUUUCUAGUCCGGUUAGUGAUCCCUCAAAGCUUCUCAAGUGGAACUUUGAUGGUUUCAGCUUUGACCACAUUCCUGGAGAAGAAAUUGGACUUCUGUUUUGCCAGGGAGUUUGGAAUUGAGCGGGGGCACACACAAAUUGCAAUACCAAGUCUAUGAGAAAUGAAGGAGGCUAUGAAGUCAUGAAGAAAGUAAUUGAAAAGCUUGGUCUGGGGCAUAAAGAGCGCAUAGCAGCCCAUGGAGAAGGGGAUGAGCAGAGACUCACCGGGCGGCUCGAAACAGCUGACAUUAAUACUUUCAAGUGGGUAAAGGGGAAAAGGAAACGAUUUCCUUGCUGCUCAAGUUCUCUUGUUAUAAAGUGUUUUACAUUUGUUUCUUAACAUCUUGGUAUGGAGAAAGAAGAAAAGGAGUGUUUUGAGGAUAGAAGGCAUGCUUUAAACAUGAAUCCAUAUGUUGUGACUUUCAUGAUUGCAGAAACCACCAUCUUGUGGAAGCCAUGAGAAUGUCAACCAACCCUCCCUAUGAAAUAUUGUUGUUAGUAGUAGUAGUCUUUUCAAUGAACCAUGGGAAAGAUUUGUAUCAGUAGGAUAGACAUCUUUCAAUUUGUUUCCCUUUGAAUUUGAGGCAGCAAGUGACCUUAUCGCUUUGCUUGCCUGACUUGUGAUUCUGCAUUUUGUGUUGAAUAAUGUAAAGGUUUAUUUCCAGUCAUUUUCCAGCUUUCCGGUGCCUGGAGAUUGGUUAAUAAGAUUUUGCUUUGAUGUGAUGCAGAUCACAUCUCAA